AUGAAGCGAAAACUCCAAGUGAAUGAUAUGACAGAAAUCCCCUUCCACAAGUGUUACAAUUCCGCAGUUGUGGAAGCCAGGGGAUACGAGAAUACGACUUUUGUGGAGAGGGAUUGUCGGAAUUAUGUUGAAGAAGCACGGUACUCGAAAUUUUUCUUUCGUAUGGACUUAGACGAUGAGUCACGACUAAAGAAUGUUUUCUGGGCAGAUAAUAGAUGCAGACACGCUUAUAAGGAAUUCGAUGAUGUUGUCACUUUCGAUACUACGUACCUUACAAACAAGAUGUGGCUUGAGUACAUGCAUGGUGAAGCACCUAGUGGAAUCAUUAAUGAUCAAGAUUGGGAAAUGCAAAACGCUAUUGAGAUUGUUUUUCCUACAACAAAGCAUAGAUGGCAUGCGAUUGCAAUAUUGAUUCGCAACAACAUUACAACGAUGCCGGAUAGUUACAUACUCAGGAGGUGGAGGAGAAAUGUCAAUAGAGCACACUCAAGGGUUGCGAUAAAUUACGAUGGACUAGCGAGUACCCCCGAGCAGAUGAGAUAUGACGACAUGUGUCGAGCUUUUUCAGAGGUCGUAGACCUCACGGCAGCAAUUGUUGACAUCGACGGUGAAGGGGGUGCUCACAUCGACGAUGACGAUGAUCGAGAGUAUAGGAAGAUUGGUUUGGGGAAGAUAUUUCUUGCGUGA